AUGGCGGCGGCGUCGAGCUCCGGGGCAGCGGUGACCGCGCGCGGGAUCCACAUCAUGGACAGUCCGGAGGGGCGGAUGAGCGCGGUGCCGUGGGUUUCGUUAGGGGUGGACGGGGCCGGCCACGAGGAGGAGGACGCGGUGCUGGCGAGGGCGCGCGGGUGCGACGUGUACGUCGGGCACGGCGGCGGGGUGCGGCUGAUGGUGGCGUGGCUGCGCGCCGAGCUGGAGCUGCUGGGCGUGCCCUGCGUCGCGUCGGACCGGCGCCGGUGCGGCGACGCGCGAGGGCUUUCGGCCGCGCGGGCGGCCAUGGACGUGGCCCUGGCGGGCGUGGUCGUGGUCACACCGGUGUCGCUGGCCAACCCAUACGCCGUCGAGGAGAUCCGGGUCUUCCUGGAGCGCGGCGCGCUCGUCCCAGUCUUCGUCGGGAUCAGGCAGGGCGACUUCGUCGCGGAGGACGUUGUGGAGAGGCGCAGCGACCUGUGGGAAACGCACGGGGGCGAGCUCUGGAAGGCCUACGAUGGCGUGGAGGCCGAGUGGAGGGAGGUCGUGGAGGGGCUCGCCCGCGCCGAGCCCGUGGUGGAGUUGCGCCUCGGCGACCUCCGGGACCGCGUCCUCGACGUGCUCCAGAUCCUCGGUGCGCGGCUCGGCAGACCGGCGGUGGCCCCGGCCGUCCGGGCGUGGCGUUCAUCUGGCUUUCUUUCAUCCAUGAAAAGUUUAACGGCUGAAUAA